AUGGUACACUCGAACAACAAACCAACACCAACAUCCAGCGCCGUUCCACAAGGAGCGUCGCAAUUCCGACAUGGCAAAGCACAUUCCGCAGGUAAUGACGAAGGCGAAACGCAUGGAAAAAAGGCACACCGGUCCUUCUUCUCCAAAACAGGUGCUAUCCUUUUUGUUGUUGCUUGGAUCUGCUUAACGCAUACGGAUGACUUCGACAGACACGAAGAACAUGUGGCCCAAUUACAAGUAUAUACCAGAGGUGCCCGCAGUGUAGCAAAGGUAAAACGACUUCCAUCAGAAGAUGAGCUUGAAUUAGAUCCGAUGGCAUUCGAACACUAUGACGAUGAUGAAGAAACCUAUGAAGGUGCCUACGACGAUGUCGACGAACCUUAUGAAGAAGCCUAUGCAUUUUCCCCGAAACGCAUAUAUUCUGACGCACAAUGGGAGGAUGAGGAAGAUGGAACUAUACUAAAAGCAUGGAAAAUGGUGGAGUACCAGGUACCACAACAAGUGCAUUAUUAUGGAAAGUGGAAAAUACAACAUGAUGCACGGGAAGAAGAAGUCGAUAGCAACGACACAUUAUCCGCCGAUGUAGCAGUCGCCGAGGCAGUUGCAACGUCUAGCACAUCCCUUUCGAAGGUUGGUGCACAAGCAUCAUUGCCGCCAUCCCUACAAAAUAAAGGACAAAGUGCAAAAACGAAACAGGAGCCGAAAGCAUCUUCGGGAACCACCGCAAGCACAAAGCAUGGCAAGCAGAAUAAGGCAGUUAACGUCAAAACCGGAAGAGGCUUUAGUAGACGGAAAUUGGCUAAAUAUAUUAUAUAUAGGUGGCAUGGGUAUACUCAGUAUGUUGUCACUUCUGAUAUUCCGGUGCUGCUAUCGAAAGCGAAGGAAAAAGUGCCGAAGAAGGUUUUGAAAGACAAAAUAUCAUCAGAAGUACCCGACAAACCGGAAGCACGUAACAAACCAUAA